AUGGACGACGGCGAGCCGGCACCGCCAGCAGCCCAGAGGCAGAGCAAGAAGAAGAGUAUGCCGCACAUACCUCACGAGCUCGUCGAGGUGAUCCUGUCCCAUCUGCCGGUGGAGUCCCUGCUGCGGUUCAGCCGCGUCUGCAAGGCGUGGCGAUCCACCAUCUCCCUCCACGCGUCCGUGAAGCCAUGCCUGCUCAUCUCACCCCAGACGCUACGGGACGGCAAGGUGCACUCGGACACAGUCAUCCUGUACAGGUGGGAGGACAGCCGGCAGGGCGCCGCCCUUCCCGUCGUGCACGCCACCGACAUGUCCUCCGACGUGAUUAUGCACGGGCUCGCGCACUGCGACGGGCUGAUCCUGCUGCCCAGCGAGGCCGCCGUGCGCGUCCUCAACCCGGCAACACGGCGCACCUUAACACUACCGUGGAGCCCCGGCGCCGAGCCACCGCCACCAGGGCCCAACGUCCCCCUCUACCACCAGUCGUUCGGUUUCGGGCAUGACCCUCGCUCUAACGCCUAUAAAGUGGCUCGUUUCUUCUACCGUUCUAUCUACGCGCCUGGGUCAGGCGAGUGUCUCUACACCACCGGGAUGGAAGUGUUCACUAUUGGAACCGACCAGCAUUGGCGUGAGACGACAAAAGAUCCGCCAUACCCUGUGUUCACAAGACAUACGGCGACCUUCUACAAGGGCUCUCUUCUCUGGUCCAUCGACGAGCGUGUCCUCGGCCACAAACCGCCAGGUUUCCUCCGUUUUAGCUUGGAAGACGAGGCGUUUGGGGUUAUGCCGCCGCCACCUUCUUGCUAUCGGAGGCUGUACUACGUAUGGUGCGCUUUAGCUGAGCUACGUGGGGAGCUUUGUUUGGCGUUUAAAGGGGCCAACAUGAAGACAAUCGAGUUGUGGAUGUGCGACAACACCAUGAACCCACAAUGGAAUCAACGUUACAGCAUCAAUGCUAUAUCGUGCAGUCCCCCUUAUUUCAAUCCAAUUGCCGUAUUUGAUGAUGAGAUAGUUUUUAAGGACUGGCAUUUUAGUACCAGACGUUACAAUCUCAAAACCAAAACUUACCAGGAUGAGUUCCAUAUGAAGGACUUGCAGUAUCACAAUCCAAUCACAGGCAUGCUUGGAUACCAAGGGAGGCGCUUCGCCUACUUUGACGUGAUCCCCUACACUCCAAGCCUCGUUCCAAUCUAG